CGGGCAGGGCAGGCGCUGCCCUCGCUCGGUGCCGGAGGCAGCGCGGCUCCGCGCCGGGCACCAGCGCCCCUUCCCCGGCCCCGGCCAUGCCCCGCUAAGGUCCAUUCCUGGCGAUCGCUGAUGUGUUUAUACAGGAACCAUGGUCAUUCUACGACAGGGGGAUUAUGUGUGGAUGGACCUCAAAACGGGGCGGGAAUUCGAUGUCCCCAUUGGAGCGGUGGUUAAACUGUGUGACUCUGGACAGAUCCAGGUUGUGGAUGAUGAAGGCAAUGAACACUGGAUUUCCCCGCAGAAUGCCAGCCACAUCAAACCCAUGCACCCCACCUCCAUCCAUGGAGUGGAGGACAUGAUCCGCCUGGGGGACCUGAACGAGGCGGGAAUCCUCAGGAACCUGCUGAUCCGCUAUCGGGAGCACCUCAUCUAUACAUACACAGGUUCAAUACUGGUGGCAGUAAACCCCUACCAGCUUCUACCCAUCUACUCACCUGAGCAGAUACGCCUGUACACCAACAAAAAGAUUGGUGAGAUGCCACCACACAUCUUUGCAAUUGCUGACAACUGCUACUUCAACAUGCAGCGCAACAACAAGGACCAGUGUUGUAUCAUAAGCGGUGAAUCUGGAGCAGGGAAGACAGAAAGCACAAAACUGAUUCUGCAGUUCCUGGCAGCAAUUAGCGGUCAGCACUCCUGGAUUGAGCAGCAGGUCCUGGAGGCAAAUCCCAUCUUGGAAGGUGAGACCUCAGAUGAUGGAGGCAUUUUUAUCACUGCUUUCGGGAAUGCAAAGACCAUCCGUAACGACAACUCUAGCCGAUUUGGGAAGUACAUUGACAUCCACUUCAACAAAAGGGGAGCCAUUGAGGGUGCGAAGAUUGAGCAGUACCUGCUGGAGAAGUCCCGGGUCUGCAGGCAGGCCCAGGAUGAGAGGAAUUACCACGUGUUUUACUGCAUGCUGAGAGGGAUGACGAUGGAGCAGAAGAAGAAGCUGGGUCUUGGGAAAGCCACAGACUACAACUACCUUGCAAUGGGUAACUGCACGACCUGCGAUGGCAGAGAUGACAGCAAGGAGUAUGCCAACAUCCGCUCUGCAAUGAAGGUCCUUAUGUUCACCGACACGGAGAACUGGGAGAUCUCCAAGCUGCUGGCUGCCAUCCUGCACAUGGGGAACCUGCAGUACGAAGCUCGGACCUAUGACAACCUGGAUGCCUGCGAGGUUGUUCAGUCGGCGUCGCUAAUCACUGCGGCAUCGUUGCUGGAGGUUGACCCUCAGGACGUGAUGAACUGCCUUACCAGCCGGACUAUAAUCACCAGGGGGGAGACUGUCUCCACCCCUCUCAGCAUGGAACAAGCACUGGAUGUGAGGGACGCUUUUGUAAAGGGAAUCUAUGGGCGGCUUUUUGUGUGGAUCGUGGAGAAGAUCAAUGCUGCAAUUUACCGACCUCCUUCCCAGGAACUCAAAAGUGUCAGGAGAUCCAUCGGCCUCCUUGACAUCUUUGGCUUUGAGAACUUCACUGUGAACAGUUUUGAGCAGCUUUGCAUUAACUUUGCGAAUGAGAACCUGCAGCAGUUCUUCGUGCGUCAUGUCUUCAAACUAGAGCAGGAGGAGUACAACCUGGAGAACAUCAACUGGCAGCACAUCGAGUUCACCGAUAACCAGGAUGCCUUGGACAUGAUUGCCAUCAAACCCAUGAACAUCAUCUCCCUCAUUGACGAGGAGAGCAAGUUCCCCAAGGGUACAGAUGCCACCAUGUUACACAAGCUGAACUCCCAGCACAAGCUUAACACCAACUAUAUUCCUCCAAAGAAUAACUACGAAACACAGUUUGGUAUUAACCAUUUUGCUGGAAUUGUUUACUACGAAACAAAAGGUUUCUUGGAGAAAAACAGGGACACGCUGCAUGGAGACAUCAUUCAGCUGGUGCAUUCCUCAAAGAACAAAUUCAUCAAGCAGAUCUUCCAAGCAGAUGUGGCAAUGGGAGCAGAGACAAGGAAGCGCUCGCCGACUCUCAGCAGCCAGUUCAAGCGGUCCCUGGAGCUGUUGAUGAGGACUCUCAGUGUGUGCCAGCCCUUUUUUGUCCGCUGCAUCAAGCCCAAUGAGUACAAGAAGCCCAUGCUGUUUGACAGGGAGCUGUGCGUCCGUCAGCUGAGGUAUUCGGGGAUGAUGGAAACCAUCCGGAUCCGCCGGGCUGGCUACCCCAUCCGCUACACCUUUGUAGAGUUCGUGGACCGGUACCGGGUGCUCAUGCCUGGGGUGAAGCCAGCUUACAAGCAGGGUGACCUGCGUGGGACAUGCCAGCGCAUUGCCGAAGCAGUGCUUGGGAAGGAUGAUGACUGGCAGAUUGGCAAGACAAAGAUAUUCCUGAAGGACCACCACGACAUGCUGCUGGAGAUUGAGAGAGACAAGGCCAUCACGGACAAAGUCAUCCUUAUCCAGAAGGUGGUUCGUGGGUUUAAAGACAGGUCCAAUUUCCUGAAAGUGAGAAAUUCAGUCCUGAUGAUUCAGAGAUACUGGCGUGGACAUAACUGCAGGAAGAACUACGGUGCUAUGCGGAUCGGCUUCCUGAGACUGCAGGCCCUCUACCGAUCCCGCAAGCUCCACAAGCAGUACCACAUGGCUCGCCGGCGGAUCAUCGAGUUUCAGGCACGAUGCCGGGGUUACCUGGUCCGUAGGGCUUUCCGCCACCGCCUCUGGGCUGUCCUCACCAUCCAGGCGUAUGCCCGCGGCAUGAUCGCCCGAAGGCUGUAUAAGCGCCUCCGGGGGGAAUAUCAUCGACGCCUGGAAGCAGAGAAGCUUCGGCUGGCAGAAGAGGAACGACUUCGAAAAGAAAUGAGUGCCAAGAAAGCCAAAGAGGAAGCUGAAAAGAAGCACCAAGUACGCCUGGCCCAGCUGGCACGGGAAGACGCAGAGAGAGAAGUAAAGGAGAAGGAGGAAGCACGUCGGAAGAAAGAGCUCUUGGAAAAAAUGGAGAGAGCUCGCAAUGAGCCAGUGAAUGACUCAGAAAUGGUGGACAAAAUGUUUGGAUUCUUGGGGACAACCUCUUCCCUGCCUGGCCAGGAAGGACAGGCACCCAAUGGCUUUGAGGAUCUUGAGCGAGCCCAGAAGGAGCUGGAGGAAGAAGAUCUGGAUGCAGCAUUGCCUCUUCCCGAGGAAGAGGAGGAAGAUCUCUCAGAAUACAAAUUUGCCAAGUUCGCUGCCACGUAUUUCCAGGGCACAACGACACACACCUACAUCCGUCGGCCUCUCAAGCAGCCUCUCUUGUUCCAUGAAGAUGAAGGAGACCAGUUGGCAGCACUUGCCGUAUGGAUCACUGUCCUCCGUUUCAUGGGAGACCUCCCUGAGCCGAAAUAUCAUACAGCCAUGAGUGAUGGCGGUGAGAAGAUACCAGUGAUGACAAAAAUCUAUGAGACUCUUGGGAAAAAGACCUAUAAGAAAGAACUGCAGGCUCUGCAGGGAGAAGGAGAGAGUACUCACGUUGAUGGGCACAAGAAGAACAGUGUGCGGCACAAACUGGUCUCCUUAACACUCAAGAAGAAAUCCAAACUGACGGAGGAGGUGACAAAGAGACUUCAUGAUGGUGAAUCCACGCUCCAGGGUAACAGCAUGCUCGAAGACCGACCCACCUCCAACCUGGAGAAGCUCCAUUUCAUUAUUGGUAAUGGCAUCCUCAGGCCAGCCUUAAGGGACGAAAUCUAUUGUCAGAUUUGCAAGCAGCUGACCCAGAACCCAUCCAAAAGCAGCCAUGCCAGGGGUUGGAUCCUGAUGUCCCUCUGUGUGGGAUGUUUUGCUCCUUCUGAGAAGUUCGUGAAGUAUUUAAGGAACUUUAUCAAUGGAGGGCCCCCGGGUUAUGCUCCCUAUUGCGAAGAGAGGCUGAGGCGGACGUUUGCCAACGGGACAAGGACACAGCCACCCAGCUGGCUGGAGCUGCAGGCAACCAAAUCCAAGAAACCGAUCAUGCUGCCUGUCACAUUUAUGGAUGGGACAACGAAAACCCUAUUGACUGACUCUGCGACAACCGCCAAAGAGCUCUGUAAUUCUUUGGCCGACAAAAUCAGCCUGAAGGACCGAUUUGGCUUUUCACUUUACAUUGCACUUUUUGACAAGGUCUCCUCGCUGGGGAGCGGCAAUGACCACGUGAUGGAUGCUGUGUCUCAGUGCGAGCAGUACGCCAAAGAGCAGGGAGCGCAGGAGCGCAACGCGCCGUGGCGGCUCUUCUUCCGGAAGGAGAUCUUCACUCCUUGGCACAACCCGAGUGAGGACAAUGUAGCCACCAAUCUCAUUUACCAACAGAUCGUGCGAGGGGUGAAGUUUGGGGAGUACCGAUGUGACAAGGAAGAAGAUCUGGCAGAACUGGCUUCCCAGCAGUACUAUGUGGACUAUGGGUCAGAGAUGGUACUGGAAAGGCUGCUGAAUCUAAUUCCAUCCUACAUCCCAGACAGAGAGAUCACAGCUUCAAAAACAGUGGAAAAGUGGGCUCAGCUCAUUAUAGCUGCACAUAAAAAGGGAAUUUACACUCAGAAGAGGGCAGACCCCAAAAAAGUCAAGGAAGAGGUAGUGGAUUUUGCACGUUUCAAAUGGCCUUUGCUGUUCUCUCGGUUUUAUGAAGCCUUCAAAUUCUCAGGGCCAAGCCUGCCUAAAAAUGAUGUGAUUGUAGCUGUCAACUGGACAGGGGUGUAUUUUGUGGAUGAACAGGAGCAGGUUCUCUUAGAGCUCUCUUUCCCAGAAAUCACAGCCGUCUCAAGCAGCAGAGGGGGAAAGCUGCAAGGGCAGAGUUUCACCUUGGCCACCAUUAAAGGCGAUGAAUACACUUUCACCUCCAACAAUGCAGAGGAUAUCCGGGACCUGGUGGUGACCUUCCUUGAAGGGCUAAGGAAAAGAUCCAAGUAUGUGGUCACUCUCCAAGAUAACCCAAACCCUGUGGGAGAAGAAUCUGGGUUCCUCAGCUUCCUCAAAGGAGACCUUAUAGUUCUGGACCAGGACACAGGAGAGCAUGUGAUGAAUUCGGGGUGGGCUAAUGGGUUCAACGAACGGACCAAGCAGAAAGGGGAUUUCCCAACUGAUUCUGUCUAUGUCUUGCCUACGGUGACCAUGCCCCCGCUGGAGAUCGUGGCACUGGUCACGAUGACUCCUGACCAACGACAAGAUGUUAUCAGAACUUCUCAGCUGGCAAUUUCAGACAGUGAAGAGAGGGUGAAGCCAUACACCUUGGAGGAAUUUUCCUAUGAUUAUUUUAGGCCACCUCCCAAGCACACCCUGAGCCGGGUCAUGAUCACCAAGAGCCGCGGGAAGGACAAGCUGUGGUGUUACACCCGUGAGCCCAUCAAACAGCCAUUGCUGAAGAAGAUCCUGGGCAGCGAGGAGCUGUCCCAAGAAGCCUGCAUGGCCUUCAUUGCAGUGCUGAAGUAUAUGGGUGACUACCCGUCCAAAAGGACCCGCUCAGUCAAUGAGCUGACAGACCAAAUAUUUGAAGGUGCCUUGAAAGCUGAACCCCUGAAGGAUGAAAUCUACUGCCAGACGCUCAAGCAGCUCACAGACAACCACAUCAAGUACAGUGAAGAGAAAGGCUGGGAGCUGUUGUGGUUGUGUACGGGCCUUUUUCCUCCAAGUAAUAUCCUCCUGCCCCAUGUGCAGAGGUUCUUGCAGUCCAGGAAACAUCACCCCUUGGCGGCAGACUGCAUCCAGAGACUCCAGAAAGCCCUGAGGAAUGGAUCGAGGAAGUACCCACCUCAUCUGGUAGAAGUGGAAGCCAUUCAACACAAAACCACUCAAAUUUUCCACAAGGUUUACUUCCCUGAUGACACCGAUGAGGCAUUUGAGGUGGAGUCCAGCACGAAAGCCAAGGACUUCUGCCAGAACAUCUCCAACAGGCUGCUCCUAAAGUCCUCUGAGGGCUUUAGCCUCUUCGUCAAAAUCUCCGACAAGGUCAUCAGUGUGCCCGAGGGAGAUUUCUUUUUUGAUUUUGUGAGACACCUGACAGACUGGAUAAAGAAAGCAAGACCAGCAAAAGAUGGUAUAGUGCCUUCCCUCACCUACCAAGUGUUCUUCAUGAAGAAGCUGUGGACCAACACAACACCUGGAAAGGACUCGAUGGCAGACUCUAUCUUCCACUAUUACCAGGAGUUACCAAAGUACCUGCGCGGCUACCACAAGUGCACACGGGAAGAGGUCCUGCAGCUGGCAGCUCUCAUCUACCGGGUGAAGUUUGAGGAUGACAAGUCCUAUUUCCCCAGCAUCCCCAAGCUCCUGAAGGAGCUGGUGCCUCAGGACCUCAUCCGGCAGCUCUCUCCAGAUGACUGGAAAAGGUCCAUCGUGGCAUACUACAAUAAGCACGCGGGCAAAACAAGAGAAGACGCCAAGCUUGCCUUCCUAAAGAUUAUUUUCAAGUGGCCUACGUUUGGAUCAGCAUUCUUUGAAGUGAAGGUACCUGCCCUGCUUGGGGGUUCUCUGGCAGCUUUGAGCCAAGGUCAGGAGCCCUGUAACACAGAGAGGUUCCAGCAAACUACAGAGCCAAAUUACCCAGAAAUCCUUCUAAUUGCCAUCAAUAAGCAUGGAGUCAGCCUCAUUGAUCCCAAAACCAAGGAUAUUCUCAUCACUCACCCCUUCACCAAGAUCUCAAACUGGAGCAGCGGCAACACUUACUUCCAUAUAACCAUUGGCAACCUGGUGAGAGGAAGCAAGCUGCUCUGCGAGACCUCCCUGGGGUACAAGAUGGAUGAUCUUUUGACCUCAUACAUCAGCCAGAUGCUAACAGCCAUGAGCAAACAGAGGAGUGCAAAGGGUAGCAAGUGAACUGCAAGAAGCCACUGGCAGGUGGCCAUGGAGCUAAUUCACCAGCUGAGGCCUGUGGGAUACCCAUGCAGCUGGGGGACAACCUUUGCCUCCCAGAUGUGGAAGAUGAGCCGAACACCAUCAGGGAGUUCGCUGGACUCUGACCUUGAGGGCUCAAAUCCCACCUCCCCUUCCAGCGAAGAUGACUAUCUCUGACCUCCCAUUGUCCUUCCCUACCCUGCACCCUGACUCCAUCUUACACCUCAAAGAUUUCCAGGGGACACCACCGCUCUCAGACAGUGACUGAGCAAAGGCACUCCACAGGAGGUUUGCCUGAACCCCAAUGGUUGGCAUCACAAAGGCUCUUGGAAGAGGAUUUGUGUGUGUGUGUGUGUGUGUGGCUUGUUUUGAUUUGGUUUGUUUUUUUCUUAAGUAAGAGAGAGCUAUCAGGAUGCUAACAGCUUUUGGUGAAGUUAUGGGCUUUUCGGGUCUGAAGAGGAGUAACGGAGCCCUGGCCCACUCUGGAAAGCUAUCCAGCGAACACUGCAGGGCUUAUUUUUUGACAUUACAAAAGAAUACACUGUGUUCUUAAGGACAGACAGAAAAAGCAGGCUGGGAGGAGCACACUUGAACUAGGAAUCAGAAUACACAAACUACUGAUUGAACAGGCUAGAGUACUAAAGUGCUGUCCGUGCAAUGCUGGAAAUAUUUAAAGAACAAAUUUUAAAGUUUUGUUUCUUCUUCUAUUUAUUUUUUAAAAUAUUAAAAAGGAAAAAAAAAUCCUGCAUUUCGUGCCGGUAUCUGGAUGCUGACUCGGGGCUGAGGGCGACCUGCAGGACAAUCCCUCGCCCAGGGAUUCCCCCAGAGCUGUGAUUGCCGGAGGCUGAGUAAGGCACGUCUUUCCCAACUUAUGGUCUCAGCUGGAAGUGAAGCUUGGAAGAUGAAUUAUCUCCUUUUGCCCCUGGUGUCCAGGCAAAUUAACACUGGGAGGAUCAUUACUUCAAGCGUCAGUAUGGAUGUAGGGGUUUUGGAGUCCCCAUGCUUGGAAGACUGAGGCCAAGCCUGUGCUGAGCUGUGAUUCAAACAGGGACUUGGCCAUCAGGGUUGGAAACAGCUAAUGAUUUUAUUGUGCUUUUGUGUGUUGCUGUAUGAAACGGUUCUUUACUAGUCCCAGCUGGACCCGAUCCACUUACAGAGAGGGCAGGCCCUUGAUUUCAGUGGGCUUUUCUCCAUCUUUUUUUGACUGUAUUAAUCUGUUGGCUGGUUGUCCUGUCUUCUAUCCGACACCACUCAGUGUGGACCAGCCUGCUUUGGAGCAGAGAUGGGACCUGCCAGCAAGAGGAGGCUGAAGCCAUGUUGUGUCUGGGGGGAUGCAGAGGAAGGAGCCUGGGGUGCCUUUCCAAAAUCCAGGCUUCAAAGGAGCAUGUGCCUGGGGUGUGUGGCAACAGGAGGGGCCAGAAUUGUCCACCAAGACCUGGUGCUGGCGUCACUAACACUGAGUGUAUCUCAGUAGGUGUGGGAGACCUCUCUUGGUCCUGUGCACUGGGCUGAGUUUGGCUGCUUUCAUAAAAGUCCGUAUUGUA